GCGCGGCUCAGUUUCCGGGCGAGAGUCGCGCAGUCCGCCCGCGCCGCGACUCGGUUCCGUUAGAUAGUCAAUUUGAAUCCUUCAUCAUGCUGAUAGGACUCGUUCGGGACUCGGUGCUGCAGUGCUUCUGCCACUCGUGCAGAGCACCGGUCCUGCCUGCAGCACACCGGCGCUCGGCACCAGUCAAGAAACCAGUCGGCAAACCAAGGACGAAGCAACCAAAGAAGGUCAAAUUUAUAACGACCGAAAUCCGCUGCCAGGAGAUGUCGAAGGGCGGGCUGGCGUACGAGGUGAUCCUCGCCGAGCCCGUCGGCGUACCCGUGCCGCGCCGCGCCGACUCCCCCGAGAAGACCCCUUCUGUCGAGGAGAUACAGGAGAAAUUGAAGGCUGCCGAGGAGAGGAGACGUAGUCUGGAAGCCAGUAAAAUGGCCGCGAUCGCUCAGAAGAUGGCCAAGAUCGAGGAGGCGUCGCGGUUCCGUAGCGAGCAGUCCAACAACUUCAUCGCCAGCACCAAGGAGGCACUGGACGCCAAGAUGGACUCCCACGAGGAGAAGCGCGAGGCGUACAUCAACGAGCUGCGGGCUCGGCUCAAGGACCAUCUCGAGGGCGUCGAGAAGACAAGGUUGACCCUGGAGCAGCAGACGGCCGAGGUGUACAAGGCCAUCGAGGAGAAGAUGAACACGGCGGCCGCGCAGCGCGACGAGAACAUCAAGAAGAUGCUCGAGCGCCUGCGCGAACAUGAGGAGCAGGUGCGCAAGGUCCGCGCCGGCAACCAGGAGCGCUUCCAGCAGCUCGAGACCUCCAUCCAGGACAAGCUGCAGCAGGCCGAGGAGCGCCGCCUCGCCCGCGACGCCGAGCAGCGCGAGAAACGGCGCCAUCAUAUCGCUAAGAUCGAGGAGGCGCGCUCGACCGUCACGGCCAAGGUUGAGGAGAUCACUAAGGACAUCGAGACCAAGCUCAGCGCCGCCGAGCAGAAGCGGGAGCUGGAGAUACAGAAGAAACUCGCCUUUGUUAAGGAGGAGGAGCGGCGCGCGGAGCUCGUGCGCCAGAACAAGAGCGCGCGCGCCGACGCCGAGCCCGCGCCCUCCUGCGGCUAGGCUCAC